UACAUUUGAAAAUACGCCUUUAAUGGCUGAAUCAGUUUUGGAACCUAUUUUUAGUGGAAGGACUUUAAACAUUAGAGAUCUUAAUGAAGUGAUUGCAUCACUUGAGAAGCAUCACUACAGCAAGAUAUCAUAUCAUCAACUUGGUCUACGUCUUAAAUUGUCUCACAAUACUCUAGAGAAAAUAAAGAAAGACCAUGGAGAAGUUGAUCCUUGUUUUACAGAGUGUUUGGCUAGCUGGCUGCGUAAAGCUGAUGAUGUGGAGACUCCAACAAUAGAUACACUGAUAGCUGCUUUUAGAGGAAUAGGAGAGAAUGCUGUAGCUGAUGGUAUUAAUGAAGAAAGACAAAUAUCGGCCCGCCCCUUCACACCGACAAGUGAAAUAUCAAAUAGACCAAUAUUAGCUACACCUCUGACAAUGCAAACCAGUGAAGAGCAUUCAACACAGCCAAUCAUUGUUAAUCCAGGUGUUCAUGAUCUUGAGCUCAAAGUUGAUCAAGUUUCUAAACUACGAGACAUUGCUAACGAAUUGCAGGAUAAGUUUGAUUAUCUUGUUCUUGCAGUGAAAAAGUCACUUGAAAAUAAUUUCAUUGAUAUAGAAGAUGCAAAAAUGUUGAUACAUGGAUGCUUAAAGAGAAAAGCUCGUGUUGUGUCUCAGCUGCUACCCUGCAUUAAUAUUCUUAAGAAGGUUAACAAUUUUAAAGGUUUUUUUGAGUUUCUAAGUGAACAUGAUUUCAUUGGGUUCCUCAAUUACAAGCUAUUAAAAAAAUUAUCUAAACUUGUCGAUGAUGAUAAGCUUAAUGAACGUUUUGCUGAGUACGAAAAAGAAUAUGCGAAGUUACUAAGUGCAGGCUCCUUUAAAAAUUUGAUACCUUUAUUUGAAAAGCGAUCAGACCUGUCUCCUACUGCUCCACUUGGAUUACCUUAUGUUUCCUUUUGUGUUGAAAAACCUGAUUCAUUCACUAGUGCUCAUGAUUGCCUCUCAACCUUCGAUGAAUUCUCAUGGUCACAAGAUAUGUUUUUAAAACAAUUACAAAAGAAAUGCAUUAUCAUCACUUAUGCUAUACUACCAUGUGUUCUUGAUGAUGUCAUGAGAGAUCUCAAGGAUCCAGUGAUAUUGAAGGAGCUAAAGGACAACGACAUUACUGUAAUUGAAUUACCACAAGAAGAGGAAGAAGAUUUUGAGGGCAAGGAGGAAGACCCACAGAUUGAAUCCACUGCUAAAGCAGAACCAAGGGUUGGUGCUUCUUCAAUCGUACAUACCACAUCAUCUGAGGGUAACAUUCACACCACAAGCACUACUACUUUGACAAGUGAAGCUAACAUUCAACAAGAAGUGUCCCUUUUUGAACACAGGGCUGAGCCUACAUCAAUUCAAAAAGAAUUUAAAAGUUCUAAUUUGAACAGAGAGUUGAUAAAGUCUAUAGAAUUCGAUACUAAACCUGAGGUGGUAGCUGGUCUACUUGAAGCUGGAGCUAAUCCUAAUUAUUUAUAUGGUGGUGCUACUGCUCUUAUUAUAGCCAUUGAAAAAGAUUAUAUUGAUGUUGUUAAAUUGUUACUGGAAAAAGGAGCUGAUCCUAAUUGUUGUGUUAAGUAUUAUUCCGGUGGUCCUACUGCUCUUAUUAAAGCCAUCAAGAAUAAAAACAUUGGAAUUGUUGAAGUGCUACUUGAAAAAGGAGCUGAUCCUAAUAUUGGUUCUGACACUUAUGAAGGUACUCCAUUACACUGUGCUAUUGAAACUGGUAAUGCUAAUAUUAUCAAAUUAUUAAUAAUUAAAGGAAAUGCUGAUGUGAAUGCUAUGGAUAAGAGGAAGAGAACUCCAUUGUUUGAAGCUGUUAAGAGUAGUAGUAUUGAAACUGUUGAUAUUCUAUUAACUAAUGGAGCUAGAACUGAUGUUGUGGAUGAAUAUGGUGAUACUCCUCUGUUAUUAGCAGUUAAAAGAGGUACACGUAGCUCAACUCAAAUUAUCAAAUCAUUGAUUAUUAAAGGUCAAGCUGAUGUUACUGCUGCUUGUAAAAAAUAUCAUAUCAAUCCUGAGCUCUCUAGAUCCGAAAUUGCUGAGUUGUUAAUCACUAAGAUUCAAUUAAUAGGGAAGCCUAUAGAAUCUCAUACUAAACCUGAGGAGGUUAUUGGUCUACUUGAAAUUGAAACUGAUCCUAAUAUUACUGAGUAUCUAUUUGGUGGUACUGCUCUUAUUACAGCCAUUGAAAAUGAUAAUAUUGAUAUUGUUAAAUUGUUACUGGAGAAAGGAGCUAAUCCUAAUGUUACUAAGGACAACGAAACUCCAUUGUUUGUUGCUGUUAAGAGUGGUAAUAUUGAAGCUGUUGAUAUUCUGUUAACUAAUGGAGCUAGAACUGAUGUUGUGUCUAAAUAUCAUGGUACUCCAUUACACUGUGCUAGUCAAACUGGUAAUGCUGAUAUUAUCAAAUUAUUAAUAAUUAAAGGAAGUGCUGAUGUAAAUGCUGUAGAUAAGGACAACAGUACUCCAUUGUUUAUUGCUGUUAAGAGUGGUAGUAUUGAAGCUGUUGAUAUUCUAUUAACUAAUGGAGCUAGAACUGAUGUUGUGUCUAAAUAUCAUGGUACUCCAUUACACUGUGCUAGUCAAACUGGUAAUGCUGAUAUUAUCAAAUUAUUAAUAACUAAAGGAAGUGCUGAUGUAAAUGCUGUAGAUAAGGACAACAGUACUCCAUUGUUUAUUGCUGUUAAGAGUGGUAGCAUUGAAGCUGUUGAUAUUCUAUUAACUAAUGGAGCUAGAACUGAUGUUGUGUCUAAAGUAAGUUUUAGUGCUGGCAUUAUUGUGAGUGAUCAAAAUUAA